AUGGGGUUUUCGGAGAAUCCCAAGUUUUUUUUGUUGGUCAAAAGGGUUUUAAAAAAGUGGAAACUAAUAGGAAUCACCCUAUCCGUUGUCGGCUUCGCGCACCUCUGCGUGUUCAACAAAUUUAGCAAAAAGGCGGAGCUGGACUCGCUGAUUUUCUCGCAGUUCCCAGGGAAUUCCAAUUUAGACAAAACUGAUGAGGACUUUCUAAACCACACGAGCAGUUAUUUUUCCAACUAUGGGUUCAGGGAGGAUAUAAUAGAUGGGAUAGGCGAGUAUAUCAGGAGAAUUUCCCCCUUUGUCCACACGGUGAAGCGGAGGGUUAGCGUGAAUGGCGGCGUAAAGGGCGGCGCAAAGGGCAACAUACUGAUCACCACCGUGCCGUGCAAAUUUUGCAACAACAUGGAAAACAUAAUCGUGGUGAUCAACUUCGAUUACAAGGAAAGGAAAAAUUUCCACGCCAUUUCAGUUGGUUUAACGUUAAUCAAUUAUUUUAAAAACUGCAAUUAUAUGAGCAAGGACAUUAUCUUUUUGUUCACCAACAAGGAAUGGCUAUAUUCUUUAGGGGUUCAGAAAUUUGUCGAGGAUUUUUUAUACAGCAAUGAUGUGAGGAAUGGAAGGAAGGCCCUCUCCAGAUCGGCCAUCAUCAUAGAAUUCGAUUCUGUGUACCCUUCACAUAUACACAUAAAUUAUGAAGGCCUGAAUGGGCUCUUGCCAAACCUGGACUUUAUCUUGCUGCUGACCAAUGAGCUAAACUACUACAACAUCCCUGUGAAGGUGGAAUCUCCCCACCACGCGAUUUUUGACAUGGCCCUGGAGAGGGGCUACGAGAAGGGGCACGUCUACUUUUUGAGGGAAAACAUUGCAGCCUUCACCGCCACCGGCGUGAGUAAAAUCCCGCUGAAAAACAAAAUGCUAAAUUUGUUCAACUUCACCAAGGCGAUGGAAAGUUUCAUAAGGAGCCAAAGCAAUACCCCUGAAGGAUUCUGCCAUUCGUCGAAUUUUUACUUUUUCGAUACCAUCAGGAGAAGGGUGCCCAUCAGUGUGUAUUGCUACGGUGUGUACUUAAUAUGUGCGUACGCCAUUUUGAAGCUACUAAAAGGGUCUAUUUUGCGAAGCUACACAAAUCUUGUGGUGGGUCUCUACGGGUAUAUAAAAACCAUUUUUAUAAUUUCAUUGCCUAUUUAUUUAUUUUCCACGAAUGAUAAAGUGUACGAGUUGCUGAAUUUGGAAAAGAAGCUCCCUCUUUGCUCAGAAUGGCACCCAGAUCGUUACGAAGACUACGUGCAGAUAGCCCACUACUGGUGGGAAAUACUCAUUCUGUCGGUCAUAGUGGCCCUCAUUUUUAACUACGUAAUUUCCUGCAUGGUUAAGAAAAUUAGCAAAGUGCUUAAAUAUGAGAAGGUACAGAAAAUCGAGAAAAUUGUCCUUUUGGAUAGGAUAAAAAAAUUGAAUAAUAAAAUAAACAGCAUUAUUGGGAUACCCUGUUUUUAUGCCAACUUGAGUAAUGAAGAAGUUUUGGCUAGCUGGGGAGAUUUUUCCAAAUUGACCAAACCGAAGAUUGUGCAUAGUGAUGAUGAGGAGUUCCUUCGCGAGAAGAAAAACAGAGCCCUGGUUAAGAGGCUGCAAGACGAAUUGGAUGAGGUGGAGGGGAAGUUGCAACUGCUCGAUGGCGGAAAUGUCCUGUACAUUUUCAACGGCUCCGUCGCGCCGUAUUCCUCCAUAAUGAACAGCAUGAACUGUUUUUACUUCGUUUUUGUUGUGCUCCUGUCGUCGCUGUACAACUGGUCGUAUGCAGCCCUCUUCAGCGUGCUCUUCGUGAUGCCCGUGUCUACCCUCCAUAAUAGAAAGACAAAGCGCAAGAAAGUGAUCCAGAAGGCCAUCAUUUUGGCGUUCAUUCUGCUGGGGCUGGCGCUGGUGUAUCCAUACGAGGGCUUCAUUCUGAGCGCAAGGCACAAGCUGAUCAGGCACCUAACGAACGGAUUUGCAAAGUGCCAGAAGUACUUGGCAAAGUCAAAGCUGGCAGACACGAAGUACUUCCCCGAUUUUUUGGAAUUCCUGUGCUCGAACAAAAUUUUCGAGCCCCUACAUGUAAAUAAAUAUUAUUUAAACAAUCAGGACAUCAAAUUUAAUUACAGCAAUGGUGUUAAGAAUGAAGUUUUGCUAAAUCUGUAUAGCAUGGCUAGGAACCAUUACUGUGUUGGUUCGCAAGUGUAUCCCCUUAUAUGUUUCACUUUUUUUCCCGUUUUUUUUUUCAUAAUGUAUGUUUUUUUUUGUUAA